UUUCGUCAAUUUUACAAUAAUAAAAAAUAUGAUUUCAUUCUCAAUUGAAGAAAUUCAUACGCUAUCAAAGUUGGAUAGCCGCUAUUUUGGGUUCCUUGAUGUCUCUGAUGUUAAAAACGCCGAAGUAAAGACGCUAAUAAAAAAAUCUAUUACAUCUUUACAAGACGAAAUAGCCAUAUGUCGCUCCGAUGGGAUUGCAAAGCUACGUGACUUAAAACCCGUAGCUGUUCAAAACGACGUGCAACGAAAUGAAAAUGUAAAGGAAAAUAUACUUUACAUAAAUACACACAAACAUGAUAUGAACAAACAAGAGACUGCAAAAGGACAUGAAGAAGGCAUUGAAAUAGAUAUAAACACAUUCUGUAAACUCGGACAUUUGCACCUACUGCUUAAUGAAUACCCCGAAGCCCUAUCUGCCUAUCAGAAGUACCUGCAUUUUUGUGGAAAAUAUUGGCACAAUCAGUAUUUCCUAUACGGAUUAGGAAUCGUUUAUUUUAAGUUGUGCUGUUAUAAAUGGUCCAUCAAGUCAUUUCAGGAACUAAUAUACUUGAAUCCGAACUUCCCAUGCGCCAAUGAAGUUCAUUAUCGGCUUGGUCUGAUGUUAAAAGUUUACGGAAAAUAUUCAGCAGCUUUAAAACACUUUCAGCUGGCCCUAAUUGAUUCAGCGCCUUCGACUUUUUCAAAAUUUCAAGUUAAAUUUCAGAUUGCCCAUGUAUAUGAGGUACAAAAUAAACAUAAGGCCGCAAAAGUUUCCUAUGAGUUUUUAUUGGGCGAGAAAAAUUUGACAUUGGAUCUCAAAGCAAAAAUUUUAAGACAGUUAGGAUGGAUGCAUCAUUGCGUCGAAUGCCUAGGAGAAAAAAAAGAACGUGAAACUUGUGCUUUGUCAUUUUUACAAAAAUCUAUCGAAGCCAACCCAAAGUGCGGUCAGUCACUAUACUUGUUGGGAAGAUGUUUCGCCGGUAUGAAUAAAGUUCACGAUGCGUUUUUAGCAUACAGGAAUUCUGUGGAAAAAAGUGAAGGCAAUGCAGAUACAUGGUGUUCAAUUGGAGUCUUGUAUCAGCAACAAAAUCAACCUACAGAUGCACUUCAAGCGUACAUUUGUGCUGUUCAAUUAGACAAGAGUCAUAGGGCUGCUUGGACAAAUCUUGGAAUUCUGUAUGAGAGUUGCGGUCAAUUACGAGAUGCCUAUGCAUGCUAUUUAAAUGCCACAAAAAGGAUUUUAAGCAAGAACGCGCGCACUGAGGAAGAGAAUAAUGAAGGCGUUUGUGUUAAAGACGAUGCACCUCUUCUAAUGAAGGGAUUAGAUCAACGAAUUAAAUUCUUAGAAAGCCAGCUUGCAAAUGCUCCUUUACCAAGUAUAACAUCGAAAAGAAGACAACUUUGUUCAAUUGAGGAAGCGUGGAACCUUCCUAUUUCUUUAGAGAUGAACUCACGUCAACAUCAACAAUCAGUCCAAAUGCAACAAAAACAGAUGGGGAAAAGUAAUCCAGUACAGGGUCCACCGCCUCCCUACCCUUUCAACCAAGCCAAUCAAGGCCCAAUACCUGUGAAGCGGGCGAAGGAUGAUGGUGCAUACCCAGUACAAUCGGUACAUACUUCAUCACAACACCAAAUAAACAUCGUUCAGUAUUUACAACAAAAUCCAAGCACAGUUAACAACCAAAAACCACACUUUUUUCAACAAUUAGGAAAUCAAAAUCGACAAAUACAAAUGGCAGAGCGCCAGAAAAAGUCAACACUUAUUGAUACAUCUUUGACAAAUAACAAUAAAAAUACAUUGUCCGUACCAGAAAGUAUUGAAACCAUGAAUGCUUCUAACCAUUCAUUCAUAUCAAUGUCUCCGAAUAUUGUAAACGAAGAAAAUGAAUGCAAAGACUUAAUGAACGUGGACUGUAAAAGCAACUCCACUGUUUUGGGAAUAUGUAAUCAAGAAUUAAGUGCAAUCUUGUCUGAAAAAGAAUUAUCAGGCACCUUAGCGGAGGAUUUACUUAAAACACUCAAAGAAGAAGAUAAUAUGAAAAAGGGUGCCAAUGAAAAGUCGGAUGAUAUAUUUGAAGAAUUCACAAACGAUUUUCGUAAAAAUUCAAACAAUCAACUUGAAGAGGAGAAUUUAUAUAAUGACAUUGAAACACUGCCAACGUUUAAAAUUAAAAUGGACUCAAAGCAACUAGUAUCUGCUGUAAAAAUGCUGCCAAUUGAUGAACCUCCUUCUAACUAUACCGUACUCCAACUCAAUGAACCUCCUCCAUCUCCGCCGGAUUGUCCGCCGCAAAGACUAACGCGGGACCAACUUUUGCCACCAACACCUUCGGUUCACUUAGAAAAUAAAAAAAAUGCAUUCAGCCCACAGCUUCAAGAGUUUUGUUUAAAACACCCUAUUGCUGUUGUGCGAGGGUUAGCCGGCGCCUUAAAACUGGACUUGGGUCUAUUUUCAACGAAAACUUUGGUUGAAGCAAAUCCAGAUCACAGCGUGGAAGUCCGAACUCAGGUUCAUCAAUCACCGGAUGAGAAUUGGGAUAUAUCCCAAGCAAAGAAGGUUUGGGCUUGUAUUUCUCACCGAUCCCACACGACAAUAGCAAAAUAUGCACAAUAUCAAGCAUCUAGUUUUCAGGAAAGUUUGAAGGAUGAACGUGAUAAGGGCUCCGUCGGCUCUCAAGUUAUGUCAGAUUCUGACUCAAAAGACUCUGUUUCGAAUUCCAACAUAAAUAUUAAACGCAAGAGGUCGAAAAGCUCUAGUAAAAUGUUAAGGUUUGGCACGAACGUCGAUUUAUCCGAUGAACGAAAGUGGAAGCCCCAGUUAAGCGAACUACAAAAAUUGCCUGCCUUUGCUCGUGUUAUUUCAGCGGCAAAUAUGCUGUCUCAUGUCGGUCACGUUAUUUUGGGCAUGAAUACUGUACAGCUGUAUAUGAAAGUCCCAGGAAGUAGGACACCUGGGCACCAAGAAAAUAACAAUUUUUGCUCAAUCAACAUAAAUAUUGGCCCCGGCGAUUGUGAGUGGUUUGCUGUGCCAGACGCAUAUUGGGGCGGAAUUCAUAAUCUUUGUGAAAAGAAUAACAUUAGUUACUUACAUGGAUCAUGGUGGCCGGUGCUAGAAGACUUAUAUAAGGAAAACAUACCAGUUUAUAGAUUUAUACAGAAACCUGGAGACCUGGUAUGGGUGAAUGCUGGAUGCGUUCACUGGGUGCAGUCGGUUGGUUGGUGCAACAACAUAGCUUGGAACGUUGGCCCAUUGACAGCACGUCAGUACGCUCUUGCAAUAGAACGGUACGAGUGGAAUAAAUUACAGAGUUUCAAAAGUAUUGUGCCGAUGGUUCAUUUAAGCUGGAAUCUGGCAAGAAAUAUCAAAGUAUCAGACACUAAGCUGUUUGAAUUAAUAAAAAUGUGUUUAAUGCAAACCCUAAAAAAUGUUUUGCAUACACAAGCGUACGUAGCAUCUAAAGGAGUUGAAAUAAGAUUCCAUGGUCGCGGAAAGAACGAAGCUUCCCAUUAUUGUGGGCAAUGUGAAGUGGAAGUAUUUAAUGUGCUAUUCAUUAGAGAGCAGGAAAAGCGUCAUGUCGUUCAUUGCUUGGCCUGUGCAUUGAAACUUUCGCCAACACUGCAGGGUAUUGUUUGUCUGGAAGAAUACCGCUUGUCCGAGCUUCAGGGCAUAUAUGACUCUUUCACACUCUACAGGUCCCAAGGAUUUGGACAAACACCAUGAAUCAGUUAGUUGUAAGCUCUUUAAUGUAAGCUCCUUAGAAAUAAUUAAACUAAUUAUUACAACCAAUUAUAAUAAUAAGAGACCAUGCUAGCGUUAACAAAGUACAUGUCCACAAAAAAUGUUCUCAUACUACAUACAUACAUAUAUCAGUAAUUAUUUAUUUAAUAAAUUUAUAUGAAAUAAAAAAGCUAGUGAACACGA